AUAAAAAGGAGAAAUCUGUGUUCCUUGAGUGAUUGUGAAAAUUUGAUAGAAAUUAGGCAUUUGUGGUCUCUGGAUAAUAUCCCCUGACAUGAUCUAUUAUCAUUUUUUGUCACCUUGCAUGAGAUAAUCUUUUCAUAGUAUUUUUUUCUGAGUAUAAAUGCAACUGAUGCGCAUUAUACAAACUCUGGAAAAUAAGAGAAAAACGCAAAUAGGAUAUGAAGCAUGUCAUAAUUUAAAAAACAAUCUUUUAAGGUUUACGUGUAAUAAUUACAGAAGGGCAGGCGGAGUAGCCCUAGCAGCGAAAUCAUAUAAAUAAUCAAAAUCAUGUAAAUGAGGACUCCACCAGAGACAGUGGGAUUUUUUUUUAGAUAACAGCACAUUUCAUUUACCUCGGUUGUGUUAGUUUCACUGAUAUAACACAGGAACCUCCUCCAACAGCGUCAUAUGGGUUUGAUAAGGGGAAUAAGCGAUUAAAAUAUCGAAACAACACCCACCCCCCUCUCGCCCGAACAAAACACCUUCUCCGGAGAUUUUUAAACUGCCAGCGAACGCAUGGUGGCACUGUUGUCUAAGAAGGCGAAUUAAACCACAGGAACUGUGCGCACUGCGUAAGGCACAGAUCAGUGCCGUAAACUAGGGGUUGUGAGCCUGGGCAGAUUUUUAAGCAACCAAAACUGAGCCCUGGAAAGAAUUAUUCGCUAGGCCUUCUUCAAAGAUUGGAAGGCAAAAGAUUGCGUUUCCUAGCACUGCCAGAGGCUUAGCUUGGCAAUAUUUCCAGGAAGAACAUGGCCGAAAGCACAAUGGAGGCCAGAGGGGAGCGCUUUCUUAGACAAAGGCAAGUCCUGUUUCUGUUUGUUUUUCUGGGUGGGUCUCUGGCUGGGUCUGAGUCAAGACGCUACUCUGUGGUUGAGGAAACAGAGAGGGGCUUUUUAAUAGCCAACAUAGCAAAUGAUCUAGGGCUUGGGGAAGGGGAACUGGCUGUGAGAGGUGCACAAGUUGUGUCUAAAGGAAACAAACAGCAUUUUCGGCUUAACCAUCAAACUGGCGAUUUGCACCUGCGUGAGAAAUUGGACCGGGAAGAGCUAUGCGGCCCCACGGAGCCAUGUAUACUACAUUUUCAGAUAUUACUGCAAAACCCUUUGCAGUUUAUUACAAAUGAGCUUCACGUCAUAGAUGUAAAUGACCAUUCUCCGGUAUUCUUUGAAAAUGAAAUGCAGCUGAAACUCUUGGAAAACACGCCACCAGGAACCAUGAUUCCUUUGGGAAAUGCUGAGGACUUGGAUGUGGGAAGAAACAGUCUCCAAAACUAUACGAUCUCUCCUAAUUCCCAUUUCCACGUUCUCACACGCAGUCGUAGGGAUGGAAGAAAGUACCCACAACUAGUGCUGGACAAAUCUCUGGACCGUGAGGAGCAGCCAGAGUUCAUUUUGACUCUUACCGCGCUGGAUGGCGGCUCUCCACACCGGUCUGGGAUCGCCAAGAUCCACAUCCUGGUCUUAGACAUAAACGACAAUGCCCCAGAAUUUACACAGACACUCUACGAGGUUCAGAUUCUAGAGAACAGCCCCCUUAACUCUGUUGUUGUCACUGUCUCAGCUACUGAUUUAGAUACAGGAAAUUUUGGGACAGUAUCAUAUGCAUUUUUUCAUGCUUCUGAAGAAAUUCGUAAAACUUUUCAGCUAAAUCCAAUUACUGGUGAUAUCCAGCUAGUCAAAUAUUUGAAUUUUGAGGAGAUGAAUACUUAUGAACUGGACAUAGAAGCCAAAGAUGGCGGAGGCCUUUCAGGAAAAACAACAGUGAUAGUUCAGGUGGUUGAUGUGAACGACAACCCACCAGAACUGACAUUGUCCUCAAUUACCAGCCCUAUCCCUGAGAACUCUCCAGAGACUGUGGUGGCUGUUUUCAGUGUUUCUGAUCUAGACUCUGGAGAAAAUGGAAGAAUUAUGUGUUCCAUCGAGGACAGUCUUCCCUUCAUCCUUAAACCCUCUGUUGAGAAUUUUUACACCCUACUGACAAACACACCUCUGGACCGAGAGACCAAAUCCGAGUACAACAUCACCAUCACCGUCACCGACUUGGGGACCCCCAGGCUGAAAACGCAGCACAACAUCACCGUGACGGUCUCCGACGUCAACGACAACGCCCCCGCCUUCAGCCAAACCACCUACACCCUGCGCGUCCGCGAGAACAACAGCCCCGCCCUGCACAUCGGCAGCGUGAGCGCCACGGACAGGGACUCGGGCGCCAACGCCCAGGUCACCUACUCGCUGCUGCCGCCCGCGGACCCGCAGCUGCUCCUGGCCUCCCUGGUGUCCGUCAACGCGGACAACGGGCAGCUGUUCGCGCUCAGGUCCCUGGAUUACGAGGCGCUGCAGGCGUUCGAGUUCGGCGUGCGCGCGGCCGACCGCGGCUCGCCCGCGCUCAGCAGCCAGGCGCGGGUGCGCGUGCUGGUGCUGGACGACAACGACAACGCGCCCUUCGUGCUGUACCCGCCGCAGAACGGCUCUGCGCCCUGCACCGAGCUGGUGCCCAGGGCGGCCGAGGCGGGCUACCUGGUGACCAAGGUGGUGGCGGUGGACGGCGACUCGGGCCAGAACGCCUGGCUGUCGUACCAGCUGCUCAAGGCCACGGAGCCCGGGCUGUUCGGCGUGUGGGCGCACAACGGCGAGGUGCGCACGGCCCGGCUGCUGAGCGAGCGCGACGCCGUCAAGCACAGGCUGGUGGUGCUGGUCAGGGACAAUGGCGAGCCGCCGCGCUCGGCCAGCGUCACGCUGCACGUGCUGCUGGUGGACGGCUUCUCGCAGCCCUACCUGCCGCUCCCGGAGGUGGCGGCGGCCGAGGCGCGGGCUGACCCGCUCACCGUCUACUUGGUCGUCGCCUUGGCGUCCGUGUCGUCGCUCUUCCUGUUCUCGGUGCUGGUGUUCGUGGCGGUGCGGCUGUGCAGGCGGAGCCGGGCGGCGUCUGCGGGUCGCUGCUCGGGGCCUGAGGGCCACUUUCCGGGCCACCUGGUGGACGUCAGCGGCACCGGGACGCUGUCCCAGAGCUACCAGUACGAGGUGUGUCUGACGGGAGGAUCUGGGACCAGUGAGUUCAAGUUCCUCAAACCGAUUAUUACCAAUGGUCUGGUUCAAGACACUGAGUGAGACUAAAGCAAAGCUCCAAUUUUAAUGAUAGUUUAGGUCAAAAAGUAAUUGUUUGGCUAUGAUUGUUUUCUUUUAUAAUGAAGAAUCUUUAGUUGA